UUAAUUUUCAUUAAUAUUUGUAUAUAUAUAUAUAUCGACUUAGUUAAACAUGGGUAGAGACUAUAUUUCUGCAAUUGUUGCUGCAAAGGAAGCAUUCUCCAGUGGUAAAACCAAGGAUGUUAAGUUUCGCAAGCAGCAGUUGCAAAAGUUGUUUAAAUGUGUGAGAGAUAAUGAAGUUAGGUGGUGUGAAGCUUUGAAGAAAGAUCUAAAUAAAUCUAAAACUGAAGCAGUCUCUGCUGAAAUUAUUCUGGUAAACAACGAAAUUGUAACAGCGAUUAAAAAUCUGGAUCAGUGGGUAAAAAACGAACCGAAGAAAAAAGAAUUGGCAACAAUUACAGCCGAUAUUUACACAAGAAAGGAGCCAUUUGGAACAUGUCUCAUCAUGUCUGCAUGGAAUUAUCCAUUUCUUUUAAUGCUGGCUCCAAUGAUUGGUGCAAUUGCUGCUGGAAACUGUGUUGUUAUUAAACCCAGCGAAUGUGCAGCCCACACAGCCAAGUUGCUUCAGGAGUUGUUGCCACAAUACAUUGAUCCAACCUGCUACCCUGUGAUUGUGCUUGAUGCUAAAGAUUCUGCUGACUUGGUUACCAAUAAUCGAUUUGACUUUAUAUUUUUCACAGGAGGAACAGCCAUCGGGAGAAUUGUGAUGAAGGCAGCCGCUGAGUACUUGACCCCAGUAGUGCUGGAACUUGGAGGUAAAAAUCCAUGCUUUGUUGAUGAUUCGUGUGACAUCCGUAAUACUGCGCGGAGAAUAUGCUGGGGCAGAUUUCUUAACACGGGUCAAUUGUGUCUUUGCCCAGAUUAUGUCUUAUGCUCACAAGGUGUCCGGGAUAAAUUUGUGGAGGAAAUAAAGCUUGCUUUAAAAGAGUUUUACGGAUCAGAUCCAAAGCAUUCACCAGACUAUGGGAGGAUAAUCAAUGAACGACAAACACUACGCUUGAAGAAAGUGAUUGAAUCUGGAGCUGGGAAGAUAGUUGUGGGUGGAGAGGUUGAUGUAAAGGAACGUUAUGUUGCACCAACUGUGGUCACUGAUAUUCCAGCGGAUUCUGCUUACAUGCAGCAAGAAAUGUUUGGCCCCAUUUUGCUUGUUGUCACUGUCAAAGAUAUGGAUGAAGCUAUUGCUGUUGUAAACAGCAGAGAGAAGCCAUUAGCAAUGUACAUAUUUGCUAAGAAUAAAAAGCUUGUAAAUAAGAUCCUAUCCAACACCUCUAGUGGAGGAGUUACUGUUAAUGAUGUUGUGAUGCAUUACGUUCCUCAUUCGCUUCCAUUUGGUGGUGUAGGGGAAAGUGGAAUGGGAGCCUACCAUGGGAAACACACCUUUGACACCUUUUCUCACAGACGAAGCUGUUUAGUUGAUGGGAAUCCAGAGUUUUUCAAUUCCUUACGUUACCCUCCUCAUUCUCAGAAAAAGCUUUCCAUUAUUCGACUUGUUCUGAUGAAAAACAUGCAAAAACCAGGAUUUGUAGCUUUCUUGCAAUCUCUAGUAGGAUUGGCUCUUUUUGGUGUACUUAUUGCCUGUGCUGUGCGACUGUUUGUGCAACUUUAAAGCAAAAUCUAUAUUUCUAAUUCUCUCUUUCAAUUUAAAAGCGACUACCACCGUGAUUUCCCCUAAUGUAAAGUAAAGCUCUGCGUUCACUCUUGUAUAAUUUCGAUA